AUGAGGUGGGUCUUCAUUUUUUGAAUUUUUUUUCUGUUUCAAAUUUACAAUAUCAACUGGACAUGUCUAGAAGUUUCAACUCUUUUUUCUGAAAAAAAAAGUUAUCCGCUUUCAAACUAGGCCAUCCGGGCAGACACCCUUCAGUUUUUGGCCUAUAGCUCCGCGGCUGUAAGAGCUACGAAAAAACGUGCGACUAAAAAAAUGUAGCGCUUGAAAUUCUCUAUCGAAAUGCCGUAUUUUCAGUGUAAAAGAUUCUGAAAAUUCGCAUCUUCUUGAGCCCACCCCGACGGCGUUUGAGAGUUUGGAAGAGGAGGAGGUGGAGCAAGCGGAAAAAAAGUGUUUCUGGCCCCUCAUCGCUAUUAUCGUUUUCCUGGUGCUCGCCGUGCUUUUUCUCAUCGGCGUCAUCGUCUUUUUGACGUCUUUUUCAUCGGAUGCCACGUCAUCACACCAGAUUUCGCCCCCGCUACUCGAAUCUUUGCCAAAAGUGGAGACUUGUCGAACCAACGAAUGUAUUACCAUUUCUCAUCAAUUGGUACCAUCCGAAUCCUUAAAAAUUGCAAAAUAAAAAUUGAUUUCAGCUGAACUGGAGAAAUCCAAAAGUGAAUCCGUGCGAGAAUUUCUACGAAAACGCGUGCGGCCGCUAUUUGGAGCACAGCGCGACGGAGGGAACGCGAGUGGUCGAGAAGGAGACGAUUGUGAUGAGACUGAUCACAGGUAAGGGUCCGGAUUACGGUAGAUACGAGGAGUGCGGAAGAUUUUUCGUUUUUCUGCCAGAAAAUUUUUUGGAAACUUUGAACUUUCCCGCGCUGUUGUAUACGCCCUCCCGUUGCGCUUUUCCAGUGUGCGCGUUCGCGCAGUGGAUAGCAAUUUUGCCCGCCACCGACAAGACCCAGGUUCGAUUCCGUCAGGGGUCGAAUGUCUUUUGCCUUGUUCUUUCUUUGCUUAAACAUGUUUAUUUACAGAAUUCAUCCGGAAAAACGAUACGUCUUGCUCGAAAUCGGAAAACACACUGCGAUUGCUCUACAAUAAGUGCAAUGAGAUCCGAGAGCCCGGGGUAAAACAUUUUUUUUUCUUUUUUCGGGGAUCUUUUGUUGAACUUUUUGCCAAAUUUUGAGCUGUCGGAGGCGGAAGAAGGUCGAAUUCUUCGAGAAGUCUUACAAAACAUACUGAAAUUCGGUCCCUGGCCAAUGAUGAACCGAAAUUGGAAUAGUUCGACGUUCGAUUUGAACGGUCGGUGAAACACGUUUUCCCAAACGAAUAUUGUCCGCUUGCACAGAAAUGCUCACCCGAAUGGCGCGCCUUCACGUCUUCAGUUUCGGACUGUUCGAAGUGGUGCCGGUGAACAAUCCGCACGAGGGUUCGUUCAAAAAAAUGGUGAUCCGACCGGUGACGCCCGAUUUGGAGGUCUCGCUGGACGAGUUGAGCAAGGUGGUUCUUCUCAAGUGUUCCACGGUUUUCGAUCCGAAAUUACUUUGAGGCGGUACACGAGAUCUUCUUGGCCAACAACGUUUCGCACACGAAAAAAGAGUUGGAUCGCGAGAUUUCCGUGUAUUUAAAGUUUGAUGCCAUGUUGCGGAAGGUACCGGGAAAUGCGCUAGGGCACCAGAAGCACGUCAACAAACGUUUCGUAUUUUUUGUUCAGUUCUACCAGCACUCCGCUCCCUCGUACUUGCCACUUUCGCGCCUCAAAGCCCGCGUUCCGAGUAUCGAUUUCGAGCGGAUCAUCCGUGAACUCGUGAAUCCCGCUUCGCAAAACUGGCCCAAACUCAGGGACCGCCUGUUGGUCGCCGACUUUGACCUGUUUUUCGGAAACACGAAUAAUGUACGUUUUCGUUGGAAGGAAGGCUGGCUAACUGGAGAGCGAUUUUAGCUGGAGACGAUUGUGAGAACGACGGAUCCGCGCGUGUUGGCCAAUUUUCUCGUGUUCAAGUACAUUGAACAAUCGUUUUUCUACUUUCUGCCCCGCAGAAUGAUGGUCGACUCGAGUCCGUGCACUGAGGUUGGUCGCGCGCUGCCGGGCGUUGCCAUCCCAUCUCGAAACGCUCACACAGAUUGUCGCGCUAAUGCUGCCACGCGCCGCCCUUCGCGUCUUCGUCCGCGGCUAUUUCAACAAGGAAAACCUGAAGGCGGCGGCGAAUAUGAUGGACGACAUCAAAAAGUUCUUCAUCAAAAUGAUCCGCUCAUCCGCGUGGCUUCACGAGACCACAAAAACGGCGGCGAUUGUGAAGGUGCGGGAGAUGGAGAAGUUGGUCGGGUACACGGAGGAGUACGAGCGGGAAGGAGCACUCGACGAGAUGUUCGCGACGGUGGGUGGGCGGGCCACUUCUUCUGGGUGCUAUGACGUUUGUUGUACCACUCAUUUACAGAAGAGUUGCCACGGGCCGGGCCGGGCUGAAAUUUUCAAAACUCCGGCCCGGUCCGGCCCGUCGGCCCGGUUCAAAAAGCGGGAAUCCAAAUUUUUAAAUAUUGAUUAAAUAAAAUGCUUGUUUUUCGUAGAACUAACGAAUUUUGCAAGUAUCGAGCAUUAAAAAAGAAAUGUAGUUCUCAAAAAUAGUCAAAUUUAUUGGCAUCUUUUCACUUCUCUUCAGCCAUUCUUCAGUUGUUGACCAAUUUUAGCAGUAUGUUUUUUUUCUGAAAAUUCCUAAAAAAUUUUUAUAUAAAAAUUCAGUAAAAAGCAACAAAAAAAAACGGCGAACAAAUCAAUGUUUUACACGCCGCGCAAUCCGAAAGUUGGAAAAAAAUGGCUAAAGAGCGCGCGCGAGCGUAAUGUCGGAGUGUCGUAGUUUUUUUUUUUAAAUUUUGAUCUCCGCAAAAAAAACGAAAAAAUAGAAUUCCCCCAAAAAUUUGAAUUCGCGCCCCAUUUGAGCCGGGCCGACCGGGCCGGGCCAGCAAAUUUUCGGCCCGGCCCGGCCCGUAACUUGGCAAGUCUGAUUUACAGUUACCCUCCCUGCCCUCGGACUCGUUCUACACGCUCAUGACGAAGAUAAACCGGUUCAAGACGGAACAACUCAUGGAUUACAUUGUUUCCGACUCGCUGCUCAAUCCGAUCGAGCCGCUUGUGACCGCCAACGCAUUCUACUAUCCGUUGAAGAAUUCGAUUAGUUCGUUGGCACUUUACUCAGUCUUCAACGUUGAACGAAAGAGAUUUCAAUUCAGACAUUCUGGUGCCGUUCCUCGACAAGCCGCUCUUCGAUUCGAACUUUCCGCGAUACGUGACGCUCGCCGGAAUCGGCAGGGUGAUGGCCCACGAGGUGGGACACGCGUUCGACCUUUUGGGACGGCGAACCGACGAGAAAGGACGGCUCAAAGGGUGGUGGACACGCGAAAAUGCGGCCGAGUACGAGAAGAGGGUCAAAUGUUUGGUCGGCAAGUACGAGGAGAGCAUCGAUCCGGACUACGAGGGCAGAAAGGUGCGCGGACUGGGUUUUGACGGCACUUUGAAACGGGGGACCUUGAUAGCGUACAUUCAAAGCGAUGUAUCUCAGCUGUCGAUGAUGGUACAAAAAAAUUGUCAACAGUCAAAAUGUGCACAAUUUUGUGAGGAACAUUUCAUCAGUUGACAACUUUUUGAUAUCUCCACAGACAGAUUGGAUUUAUCGAUUCGAUUCAUUCAUUCUUUUCGCUCAGCAAAAAGAGUCUGUGUUUUCAGCUGAACGGAACCCAAGUGCUCAGCGAAAUGAUCGCAGACGCGUUGGGAAGUGAGGUCGCGUGGAACAUCUACAAAUCUCUGGAGCUCGGCGAAGAGUUGCGACUUUUCGGAUUCGAGGAUUACGAUCUCGACAAACUCUACUUCUACAUUGCCGCACUUGUGCGUUUUUUUUUGGCUCCUCAUUUCUCGUCUCAAAACCCCACACAUUUAUUUUCUCUUAAAGGAUUUCUGUGCGCCGCGCUCACGCCGUUCCUACUUCCGUCAACUUCAAAUGAGCCACCCGACUAAUCGGUUCCGCGUGAACGGCGUCUUUUCGAACAUGCGCUCGUUUGCGGAGACGUUCCAGUGCCCAGUUGGAUCGCCGAUGAAUCCCGACACGAAAUGCGAUCUUUUUUGA